CGAGCUUUCAAACGUGGCAUCAACAUCAACCACCAAAGGCGCAACCACCAAAGCUCCAACCUUCGGCCGGCCACAAACACCUCCCGCCGCCCGUCACUAGAAAAAAUGGGCUCCUGACGCUGCCCCUGCUGCCGACACUCGCACGCUCUCUCAGCCGCCGCCAUUGAUUGUGCAGGUCGUGCCCAACUCACCAGACGCCACAGCAGACGCCAUCACAAUGCGCUUGGCCUGGUAUGCUGGGGCCUCGACGGUCCUCGCCGGCGCAGUGGUGGCCUCGGCCUUCCACCAGCGGGCUAACUUCUACUCGGCCAUGGUCCACCUGUCGCAGAGCAACCUCUCCAUAAUGAUGGUCGUCAACGUGCUCCUCCUCGUCUACACCAGCUUCGUCUAUGGCCUCCAGCGACUGUGCUUCGGCCAGCUCCGUCCCGUCGAGGUCGAGCAGCUGUACGACAAGGGCUGGAUCGCCGUCACCGAGACCUGCUUGGCCAUGACCCUCUUCAAGGACGACCUCGGCGCAUUCUCCAUGAUCAUGUUUACCGCCCUCCUGACCGGAAAGGUCUGGGCCUGGAUCGGCGACAGCAGGGUCGAGAUCCUGGAACAGCAGCCCCCGGCCAACCCCCGCCUCUUCCACGCCCGCCUGAUCGGCUCGCUCACCCUGAGCAUCUUUUACAACUUCACCAUGUGCCUCUACGCCAUCCGCUCUGUCGUGCGCGCCGCCGAGUUCGGCAUGAUGGUCAUGUUCCUGUUCGAGUUCGCCAUCCUCCUCGUUUCGUCCACCCAGACCUCUCUCCGCUACGUCAUCUCGCUCCACGAGCAGCGCGUGCUCAAGGCCCAGAUGCAGCGCGGCCUCGAGGCCCGCCGACGCCACAUCCGGGAACAGAGGGCCAACAUGUUGCGCCGCCGCGAGAGCGGCGAGGCCACCGAGGCCGAGAAGGGUGAGCCCUUGCCCGACGAGAACGAUGUUGAAGAGAUGGAUAUCGAGGUUCCUGGCUGGGAGUCCAAGGGUCAUUGGAUACUGCUCCUGGACCUCGUCGCAGACUUCGUCAAGCUUGCCUGGUACUCCGUCUUCUUCUUGGUCCUUGCCAUCUUCUCUGGUCUUCCGCUUCACAUCAUGAGGGAUCUCUUCAUGACCACAAGGUCUUUCAUCAAGCGGCUGGGGGCGCUCUUGCGAUAUCGCCAGGCUGUCAGGGACCUGAGCCGAUACCCCGAUGCCACCGAGGAGGAUCUCGCCCGAGAGAACACGUGCAUCAUCUGCAGAGAGGAGAUGCGUCCCUGGAACCCAGAUGACGAUUCCCAGGUCGAGCGCAUCCGCCCAAAGAAGCUGCCGUGCGGCCACAUCCUGCACUUUGGCUGCCUGAAGAGCUGGCUCGAGCGCCAACAGGUGUGUCCCACAUGCCGAAGAUCGGUAGUCAUGGACGGGGCCGCGGCCGACGGGAACAGGAAUGGUGCCGUGCCGCGGCCGGGCGGUGGUGGUGCCGCCCCCAACGCCAUGGGAGCAGGGCCUGCCGCACCGGGAGCGCCGAACAACCAGCAACGGCAGCAGCCGCAGCCGGGCCGCCCCAAUGUGAGGAUGUUCAACUUCGGGCCCAUCAGGCUCGGGUUUGCCCAGGGCGCCCCAGAGGAUUUCCAAGACAUGGCCCAGAUUAUGGGCGUGCCACGCGACGCCGCCCCCGCCCCUGGCGCACACCCCCAGAACGCCCAACCAGCAGACCAACCCCAGCCCGCCGUGCCAGGAGUGCUUCCCAACCACACUGCGCCAUCCGCAAACAUGACGGUGAUACAGGCACAGCUCCGAGCCAUCGAGCGCAACAUUCAAAACGAAACCAUCUCUCUCCGCCUUGUCGAGAACGAAGCCCAAACACUGCGACUACUUAUCCAACAUAUUGAGAAUAUCCGUAUCCGUCAUGCCCAACACCUGGUGGCGGCACAGCCCAUGUUCCCUGUUAGCCUACAUAUCCCUCUCCAACCAGUUGCCCAGGACCAACCACAACCCGUCCCGGUGCCCGCCCCGGUGCCCGCCCCGGUGCCCGCGGCUGCUGUGCCGCACCAACCGGCCGGGCCUCAACCCCCUCAGAUGCCUCAAACCCCUCCAAACGUCGCUCUGACACUACAGCGUCUCCAACCGUCAGCGCCAGUCACACGGCACGUUGCGGCCCCCAACACCGCCGCCAUCCCUUCGGGCAGCCCUGAUCUCCCCGAAGGUGUGUCGAUACCACCUGGAUGGACGCUCCUACCACUUAAGCGCUCCGAUCUGCCUACUCUAGGAGGUGAAUCAAGCGGGUCAGGGCAGAGCCAGACUGCGACCCAGCCGAGCGGUAGUGACCAGGCGUCGCAGCCCUCUGGCAAUGUCCCUGGCGAAACAGCCGCUGCGCCCUCUAGCAGAGAUACCCUGCUUGAUGACAUGUCGAGCGGCAGUCCCUCCUCCUCCUCCACCACGUCUACAGAAGACGACGAGGACGAAGGAUGGGGAGGCGAGGGACUGGAACCUAUCCGAGACCAAGACCCGUCGUCGGACACUGCCGCGCCCGAGCACGAUCCGGGCUCUAUUCCGACCUCUUCAAGUGCGCUGCCGGUCUGGGGUGGAUCGGCACAGUUGUUUGGUGGCAGCACACCUGCAUCGGGGCCCGGUGACGAGCAGUCCGGGGCUGCUGACAGUGCCACCGCCCCCGAAAGCGAUGGGGCUGCCAAGGGUAAAGCCAAAGCUGUGUCAGUUGAGAGUGACGAGGACCAAGGGGCUGGUGAAUGAUGUCUUUGAAGUGAGGAGGUGUUGUGUGUCUUUUUCUCCUCAUCUCUCUUUCUUCAUCAAUCUCUACCAACAGGGAACAACCCCGUCCCUGCUGUUGCUGAGACGGCAUGGCGAGCCAAUGUUGCUGUCUUUUGCUGUGGUUGGCGGGCACAAGGCGAAAAAGAGGAGCAUAAUCAGCGGAGUUUGGAGGCGUCUUAUUUUAGAGCUAGCCUGCUCUGAAAUAUAUAUCCAUUACAGCGUUACGGAGCGAUGUCUAAUCAGCAACUGAUGUGCGAAUUUUGGAGACGCUGAUGGGGGGGUGUUUGGACAAAUCCAUCUGUCAACGUCACCCCGACGUGACGUUUUAAAGUUGACAGAGAUGCGUCAACAACACAUGAUACUAGUGGAUGCGUUCGAAAAGUCAUCUCCAGACAUGGCAAUAUCCAGACAAGGAAGAGAUUUUGAUGUUCAAAGUAGGCAUGUCAUAUGAUUAACGCCGUGGACGCCUUCCCCUUGGUUUGGAAAAAAAAAACCGAAGAAAACAGACACAAAUUGGAACAGAAAGUAGAACAAGAGGGACAAAGAUCGCGAAGCCAGCCAAAACCCGUCGAAACACCACACCAAAGGGAACCCGUGGAGAAAGGAGGAUAUAUGAACAGAGCGAUGCGCAAUAUGCCAGGAAGAUUUUGCUUUGGGGGUUUUUUCAUUUUCUUUUUUUUUUUUUUUUUUUUUU